CACACGUCCGGCGGCGGUGCCGCGGGGGCGCUGGCCGUCGGCGACGUCGGCCCGCCCAGCGCCGCCAUCAUUGAAUGGGCGCGGGCGACAAACAAAGCUUGGAUUGACCCCUCAGCCGAAAUAUCGGUUUUUAGUGGCCGCAGCAGGUCCAGCGCUGCGACUUUCGUUCCGUCGCGAGUAAGGGUGUUGCGGCACGCCUUCCGGCGGCAACCUCGCGGCCAAGCGGCCGCUGCGCGCAACAAGCUUUGCAAAGCAGUCGGGAAGAUAAGCAAGUGAG